AGAUAAGAUAGCGAGAAGAAGAGACUCAGAUUUUUUCUCACUCUCUCUCUUCUUCCACCACUCACCUAUUGUGUAUUUGUGUGCAUCUCAUAAUCACCAUGGAGAAGACCUCAUUCUCCAUAAACGAAGGAAAGCCGAUUCGAUGCAAAGCAGCAGUAUGUAGAAAAGCAGGAGAAGCAUUGGUAAUAGAGGAGAUCCAAGUUGAUCCACCUCAAGCUUACGAAGUUCGGAUUAAGAUUCUAUGCACUUCUCUUUGUCACACCGAUGUUACUUUCUGGAAAAUAGACAGUGGGCCGCUUGCAAGGUUUCCAAGGAUUCUAGGACACGAAGCAGUCGGUGUGGUGGAGAGCAUUGGAGAAAACGUUGAAGGAUUUAAGCAAGGCGACGUGGUUUUGCCAGUGUUUCACCCUCAAUGCGAAGAAUGCAAAGACUGCAAAUCUUCAAAGAGCAACUGGUGCGCGAGAUUUGCCGACGAGUUCUUCUCAAACACGAGACGAUACGGGAUGGCUUCGAGAUUCAAAGACUCGUCCGGAGAAGAUAUUCACCAUUUUCUCUUUGUCUCGAGUUUUACUGAGUAUACCGUCGUUGACAUCGCUCAUCUCGUCAAAAUCUCACAUGACAUUCCCGUUGACAAAGCUUGUUUGCUCAGCUGCGGUGUCUCCACCGGAGUUGGUGCUGCAUGGAAAGUGGCUGACGUGGAGGAAGGCUCCACCGUUGCAAUCUUUGGCCUUGGUGCUGUUGGACUUGCGGUUGCCGAGGGAGCCAGAUUGCGUGGGGCCGCAAAGAUCAUCGGUAUCGAUCUCAAUCCUGAUAAAUUCGAGCUAGGUAAGAAAUUUGGUUUCACGGAUUUCGUCAAUCCUACGUUGUGCGGAGAAAAGAAGAUUAGUGAGGUGAUUAAAGAGAUGACAGGAGGAGGAGUUGACUACAGUUUCGAAUGCGUUGGUUUAGCUUCGUUACUAAGUGAGGCUUUUAUCAGCACCCGCACGGGAUCAGGAAAGACGAUAAUGUUGGGAAUGGGAAAGCAUGCAGCGCCAAUAAGUUUGGCUAGUUUUGAUCUUCUUAAAGGCAGAAGUAUUUGCGGAAGCAUGUUCGGUGGUUUAAAAUCCAAACUAGAUAUUCCGAUUCUCGUGGAUCAUUACCUCAAAAAGGAGCUCAAUCUGGAUAGUUUUAUUACACACGAAUUGGAUUUUGAGGAAAUCAAUAAGGCUUUCGAUUUAUUAGAGGAAGGGAGGUCUCUUCGCUGCAUUCUAUGGAUGGAUAAGCAGUGACUGAAGCCACUCUGGAGAGAUGAGGGUCAAUUCUACAAAAUCUUUAAAAAUUUAGUUUGCAAGGUUACUUCAAUUCACAUUGGUCAAAAUCUCUUUAUUUUUUACCCUUAUGUAUUGAGUUCAAAUCUGAAAUCGUCUUCUAAUCUUUCAGCUAAAUUAUACUAACAA